CAAAUGAAGGAGCUAAGUACGCUACUCAGAGCAGAAGUUUAACAAUUCGAAGUGCGGAUGUGUGUGAAGAUGGUCCAAUUUCUUUCCCUGAGACGGGCCGAGUUAGCGUUUACUCAGAAAUGACUUGAAGUGCUGGCUUUGUCUGCUAUUAGAAAGGAAAAGAAGGCUUGCCGGGCCAACAUGAUUGAACCAGAGCUCCUGACGGAGGUCCCUGCGGCACUGAAGCGGCUGGCCAAGCAGGUCGUGAGGGGUUUUUACGGUAUCGAGCAUGCCCUGGCCCUGGAUGUGCUGAUCCGCAACCCGUGUGUGCGUGAGGAGGACAUGCUUGAGCUCCUGAAGUUCGACCGUAAACAGCUGCGUUCGGUGCUCAACACCCUGAAAGCAGACAAGUUUGUCAAGUGUCGUAUGAGAGUGGAGACGGCUCCAGAUGGCAAGACGACGCGGCACAACUACUAUUUCAUCAACUACAGGGUACUGGUUAAUGUGGUCAAGUACAAACUGGAUCACAUGAGGCGACGCAUCGAGACGGAUGAGCGGGACUCCACCAACCGUGCUUCCUUCCGCUGCCCCUGCUGCUUCUCCACAUUCACCGACCUCGAGGCCAACCAGCUCUUUGACCCAAUGACGGGUACAUUUCGCUGUACCUUCUGCCAGACAGAGGUAGAGGAGGACGCGUCCGUUUGUCCUGAUGCCAGGACCCUGGUGGCACGCUUCAAUGAGCAGAUCGAGCCCAUCUAUGUGCUGCUGCGCGAGACCGAAGAUGUUAAUUUGUGUCACGACCUGUUGGAGCCAGAACCCACCGAGAUCCCCGCUCUCAAACAGAGCCGCGACCGCGCGGCAGCGUCUGCAGGGAACGCGGCCAGUGGUCCACACCGUGAAGCCUGGUCUAACAAAGGGUCGGCCUACGCUGACCUGUACACGCAGAACGUGGUCAUCAACAUGGAGGAACAGGAUGCGCAGCAGAAGCAGGCCAGUGAGGGCAAGGCGCCCAAGGAGAGGCCCGUCUGGCUGACUCAGAGCACCGUGCAGGGGGCCUAUAGCGAGCCCGACGUCCUCAAGAGCGGUGGAGAUCUCCCUGGAGCUCAAGACGGAGCUGCUGCUCAUGGCAUCGGUCAGACGGAUGAGAACGAGGAGGUGAUGCGCGCCCUGCUCAUCCAUGAGAAGAGGGCCGUAGCCGGAGCAGGCGGGGGCGGAGCAAGCGCCGCGGCAAGAGGCCUGGCCUCCGCCAACGCCAGCGACUCGGAGAGCGACACCAGCGAAUCGGACGACGACUCCCCCUCGGCUCCGCCCCCCGCCGCCGCGGCUCCACUCCGAGCCAACGAGGAGGAGGAGGACGACGACGACGACGAGUUUGAGGAGGUCGGGGACGAGCCGAUGGUGAUGGUCGGAGGCCGGCCGUUCUCGUACAGGGAGGUCAGCCAGAGACCGGAGCUCGUGGAGCAGAUGUCCGCACAAGAGAAAGAGGCCUACAUCGAAAUGGGACAAAACCUUUUCCAAGACAUGUACUACUGAAGACACAUGCAGGGUUUUGUACGUGCAAACAUUUCUACAGUGACAAACUGAUUCAACAAAUCUCUGUUACACACAGCUCCUGCUCAUCUCUCUGAAGCAAUUUUUCAUGAAACCAAGAUGCUGCUUUUUAAAGUAUUGAGUCAUCUUUCUGAAUCCUCAGUGUAUCUACCAAGGACCUGCUCUCAGUGUUGCCCAAGUAAAUAUGCUUGUAGUAUUUUCUCAAGAAGUAUUUUU